CCUCUCUAGCUCCAAGCUCCGGCGUUUGCGUGUGCUCACUUUCGCAGUCGCAGGAGAACGUCCGAUGCAUCUGGUUCGAGUCUUCAUUCCUCGGCCAUAACUCCAGGCGAUGGAGCCGGUAGCCACGGAGGAGCCACGACCGCAGCAGAGCCAGACCUCUGCUGCGACGCCGGCUUCUUCCGCCCGCCAGGUCCCCGUGGCCACACUGCACCAAAUGCAUCCGUCCCUGCUCAUGGCCUCCAGCAGCGGCGACCCCGAGGCGCUCCGGGCUCUUCUGGACGUGGACGUGCCACGGGCGGUCGUCAUCGUCGAUGUGCCCGCCGCCGGCGAGACGCCCAACGGUGGCGCCGCAGUCGUCCAGGAAACCAGGGAACACCAUCAGCAAGCUCCUGCCGCGGCGGCAGCGCCCUCUCUCCUGGACGGGGUCACACCACUCGGAGACACCGCAUUCCAUCUCGUAGCCAAGUCUGGCUCCGUGGACUGCGCGCGCGUCGUCGGCAGCAGGGCCAGGCGCCUCCUGGACGAGUCCAACAGCAUGGGGGACACGCCGCUCCACUGCGCCGCCCGGGCCGGGCACCGCGCCGUGGCGGCUUACCUGGUGGGCUUGGCGAGAGGCGAGCCGGGCGCCGGCGCCGGCGCGCUGCUGCGCAGGCGGAACGCGCGCGGGGAGACCGCCCUGCACGAGGCGGUCCGCGCCGGGAGCGAGGAGGUGGUGGAGCUGCUUCUGGCGGAGGACCCGGAGCUGGCCCGUAUUCCCGCCUCGCGCGGCGGCGCCUCGCCGCUCUACCUCGCCAUCCUGCUCAGGCAGACCAAGCUCGCCGAGAAACUGCACGACAAGGAUCCCCAUCUCUCCUAUUCCGGACCACAAGGACAGAACGCGCUGCAUGCCGCUGUCGUCACCGGCAAAGAGCAUGUAAGAAAGGUGUUGGAGUGGAACCAGGGCCUGACGGCGCUCAGGGACGACAGGGGGAGCACGCCUCUCCACUUCGCGGCGGCUCUCGUGUGCCGGCAGCUCUUCCACACCGACAGGGCCGCGCUGUACCUGCCCGACGGCGACGGGCUGUUCCCGAUCCACGUCGCGGCCGCUGCGGGCGAGCGCGGGGCCGUCGCCGCGUUCGUCGGCGCGUGCCCCGGAAGCGCCGGCCUGCGCGACGCCCGCGGGAGGACGUUCCUCCACGUCGCCGUCGAGAGGAAGCAGGUCGGCGUCGUCAUCUACGCCUGCAGGGACCGGUCGCUGACAUGGAUCCUGAACAUGCAAGACAAUGACGGCAACACCGCGCUGCACCUGGCUGUGCGGGCGGGGAGCCUCCGUCUGUUCUGCCCUCUGUUUGGGAGAGAGGCAGUGAACCUCAACUUGACCAACGCGAAUGGGCAAACUCCUGUGGAUGUGUCGUUACAUAAGAUCCCCCCAGGGUGGUCUUACAAUCAGAACUCCGAAGUGCGGAUACACCAUGCUCUCCUAGUCGCCGGCGCAACAAGCGGCGCCUGUCGCCGGGAUCAUUUCCGGCAGGAGUACGACGAUCGCCACAGGGUAAAAUCGAAGCAGGAUAUCAAGGAACUGGACAGGAUGAAAGACCUGACGCAAACCCUAUGCAUCGGCUCGGUGCUGAUAGCAACGGUGACGUUCGGCGCGACGUUUGCCCUGCCGGGAGGUAAUAAGCAGGAUGAUCACCCAGGAGGGGGCACCCCAACGCUCGCCGGGAGGUACCCGUUCGACGCCUUCAUGGUGGCCAACACCCUGGCCUUCAUCUUCUCCUCCGUGGCCACCGUCAGCCUCAUGCGCUCGGGUUCUCCCAUGUUCAACCUUCUGAGCCGCAGAGUCUACACGAGGGUAGCGUUCUACUUCGUGGACACCUCGGUCACCUGCUUGAUCGCUGCCUUUGCUCUCGCCGUGUACGCGGUCCUUGAGCCGGUCGCUCCUAAAACCGCCACUGCCGUUUGUGUCAUGAGCCCCCUCGUGGUCAUAUGCAUCAAAGCUGAGCUUUGGAUGAAAUGGGCGGUUCUUGCAGGGCCGUUCUUUGUUAGGAAGGGGCCGAUUUGGACAAUAGGGACGUACACGAAGGUGCUGGUUGGAAACAUGCUAGUAGGAUUGUGGCCCUUUCUACUGAUCUUUCUUUGGGCAGCCUAUGGAAGGGACAAUCUUGUUUCAGUGUUGGAAUCACCUGCACCGCCUCCACAACCAUUGAUUUAGAAGCAAGAAAUUGGAGGGCGAGGGCGGGCGUGAAAACGAAUUAAUAUGACUUUUCUUUUUUACUUUUCUUUUUGAUGAGUACAGGUAUUUCUCUG